AUGGGGACAACGGGACUCCAAUCCCCAUUAUGGCUCAUCUACCUGACACUGCUGGUCGGCUCGCUCACUCAGUCUGCUAAUGCAUCACACAUCGGCCAAGUGUGCACGACUUGGGGACACUAUCACUGGAAGACAUUUGAUGGAGAUUUCUUCCAGCUGGCCUCCACCUGUAACCAUGUCCUGGCCAUGCAGUGUAAGGACAGCUAUGAAAAUUUUAACAUCCAGAUGAUGCGGAAGACAGUCAACAACAUCCCCACCAUCAGCAACAUCAUCAUGAAGCUGGAUGGUUCUGUGGUGGAGCUCUCUGACAGCUCAGUGACUGUCAAUGGCAAGAUAGUGAUCCUGCCACAUGUCACGUUCGGGGUGACUAUCAAGGGGACCACGUCUAGUAUCAGUGUUGAAGCUAAGCUGGGAAUCAGAGCUAUCUGGAACAUGGAUGACUCACUGGAUAUUGAAAUAGAUAACAAAUACCGGAACCAGACCUGUGGCCUUUGUGGAAACUUUGACGGCACAUCCAAUGAUUUCAUGAAAGAUGGAGCUCCGCUGUCUGUGACUGACUAUGCUGAGACCUACAAGGUGAACGGGUUGACAGAGAGCUGUGAGGAGCCUGCGCUAAACCCCACCCUGAGCUGUGGCGAUAAGCAAUUCUGUGACCAGAUCUUCUCCAUUGCUCCACUCAGCAGUUGCCAAAACCUUCUGGAUGUGGAAUCCUUCAGUAAAGCCUGUAUGGCUGAUAUAUGUAACUCUAAAGACAGCACAGACUCUGUGCUCUGCAAAACCAUCUCAGAGUUCUCCAGAGAGUGUGCCCAUGCAGACAAGGAAUGUCCGUAUAACAUGGUGUUCUCGGAGUGUAGCAGCUCAUGUCAUGACAGCUGCUCCACCCCUCAGGCCAGCCAGACAUGUGACAGCCACUGCCAUGAUGGCUGCAGCUGCCCUGCCGGAACGGUCUUGGAUGACAUCAGUAAAACUGGCUGUAUUGCACUGGAACAGUGUCCAUGUCUACACAACAACAAAAUCUACAAGUCAGGAGAGUCGUACUCAUACAACUGUAGAUCCUGCAUGUGUGAAGGUGGUCAGUGGAUGUGUACAGAGGAGAACUGUCCAGGAACCUGCUCUGUGGAGGGAGGAGCUCACGUCAACACCUUCGAUGGAAAACUUUACACCUUCCAUGGGGAGUGCUCCUACGUUCUGGCUAAGCAAAGUGAUGGCACCUUAUACACUGUGCUGGUGGAGCUGGUCAAGUGUAGUUUGGCUGACAGUAGGACCUGCCUCAGAGCUGUAACUCUGGCCUUACACAGCAACUCUGUGGUUGUUAAAAUUCAGGCAUCCGGGCAGGUCUAUAUGAACCAGAUUCUUUCUCAGCUUCCACUGUUUACACCGGACUUGAGUGUGUUCAGGCCAUCAUCUUUUUACAUCCACAUAAGUACCAAAGUGGGCAUACAAGUGAUGGUCCAGCUGUCCCCCAUCAUGCAGGUCUUCAUUUCAGCUCACACUUCACUCCGAGGAACCACCUCUGGUUUGUGUGGGAACUUCAAUAACAUAAUGUGUGACGACUUCAGGGUGAAUAAUGGGCUGGUGGAGGGCACUGCUUCAGCGUUCGCCAACACAUGGAAAACCAGAGCCAGCUGCCCUGACAUUAAAUCGCGCUUUGGACACCCCUGUAGCCAGGGCAUCAGCAAGGAGAGUUAUGCCCAGUAUUGGUGCUCCAAACUAACAGAUCCCAUGGGAGUGUUUGCUCCUUGCCACUCUGUCAUCAGCCCCAGUACAUACAGAGAUAACUGCAUGUAUGACAGCUGUAACUGUGAGAAAAGUGAGGAUUGCAUGUGUGCUGCAGUCUCCUCGUAUGUCUAUGCCUGUUCAGCUGCAGGAGUCCACAUCAGUGGCUGGAGGUCGACCAUCUGUGGCAAAUUCAGUACAUCAUGUCCAGCAGGAACAGUGUAUGACUACAACAUGACCUGCUGCGGUCGUACCUGCCAUUCGCUGAGCCAGGUUGACUACUCCUGCCAGACCACCUUCAACAAAGUGGACGGCUGUGGCUGUGCUGAGGGAACCUAUAUGAACGAGGAGGGGCAGUGUGUGUCUACCUUACCAUCAUGCGUUGCCCCCAUGGUGUACUUUGACUGCUCCACUGCUCAACCUGGGACCCAUGGGACUGAAUGUCAGAAGAGCUGCACUACUCUGGACAUGGCCUGUGUCAGCACUGGUUGUACGUCAGGCUGCAUGUGCCCUGAUGGCCUGUUGUCAGAUGGAAGAGGAGGCUGUAUCAAUGAGACCAGCUGUCCAUGUCUGCACAAUGGACAGGUCUACCAGCCUGGACAGACACUGACUGUGGACUGCAACACCUGCUAUUGCAGUGGAAAGAAGUUCACAUGUUCCACCAAUCUGUGUGAUGCUGUUUGUGGGAUCUACGGCGACGGUCACUAUGUCACAUUUGAUGAUAAGAGGUUUGACUUCAAUGGACAGUGUGAAUACACACUCCUCCAGGACUACUGUGGCUCUGGUCAGGGCAAUGGAAGCUUCAGAAUUAUCACUGAGAAUGUUCCAUGUGGAACCACAGGAACCACCUGCUCCAAGACCAUCAAGAUCUUCCUGGGGAAUGAUGAAAUCCAGCUUAAAGAUGGGAACUUCCAGGUGGUAAAGGGCAGCAGCCAUGUGUUUCCUGCUCAGGUUCACAAGAUGGGUAUUUACCUGGUGGUGACGGUCAAGCCAGGGCUUGUGCUGAUGUGGGACCAUAAGACCAGUCUUUUCAUUAAGCUCAACCCGAAGCUCCAGGCUCAAGUCUGUGGUCUGUGUGGAAACUAUGAUGGCAACAGUAAGAACGACUUCACAACACGCUCCCAGGAGACAGUGCCAGAUGUUCUAGCAUUUGGUAACAGUUGGAAGGUUUCAUCCAGCUGCCCAAACGCCCAACUAAUCAGUGAUCCCUGUGCCUCCAACCGCUACCGGGCAGCCUGGUCCCAGAAACAGUGUAGCAUCAUCAUCAGUGUCACCUUCCAGAGCUGUCAUUCAAAGGUUGACCCUGGUCCAUACUUUGAUUCUUGCGUGAGAGACUCUUGUGCUUGUGACACCGGUGGGGACUGUGAGUGUUUCUGCACAGCUGUCGCAGCUUAUGCUCAAGCUUGUAAUGAAGCUGGUGUCUGUGUUAAAUGGAGAACUCCAAAGCUGUGCCCUAUUUUCUGUGACUACUAUAACUCCCCUGGUGGUUGUGAGUGGCACUACAAGCCUUGUGGAGCUGGCUGCAUGAAGACAUGUAGAAAUCGAUCAGGAAACUGUUCCGAUCUCAUCACUGCCCUGGAAGGCUGCUAUCCACAGUGUCCCAGGGCCAAGCCCUACUUUGAUGAAGACACCAUGAAGUGUGUGGCCCAGGACCAAUGUGGCUGCUAUGAUGACAAACACACCCAUUACAGCAUUGGAGAUAAAAUUCCAUCAGACAACUGUUACAAUUGGUACGUCUCAUACACUUGGUAUGGUUCAUCUUAG